AAACUAACUAACUAACUCAUGACUGAGUAAUGCAAACUCAAUUGCCAUCAUCUUCUUAUUCUUCUCCAAUAGGUAACUUUCAGUUCUCCGCGCCUUCUAAAAUGUCUAACCCUAAAGUUUUCUUCGACAUGACUGUCGGAGGCCAACCCGCCGGUCGUAUUGUCAUGGAGCUUUACUCCGACACUACUCCUCUAACCGCCGAUAAUUUCCGUGCACUCUGCACCGGCGAGAAAGGAACCGGUCGCAGCGGGAAGCCUCUCCACUACAAAGGCUCUUCCUUCCACCGCGUUAUCCCUAACUUCAUGUGUCAAGGAGGUGACUUCACCGCCGGAAACGGAACCGGCGGAGAGUCCAUCUACGGGGCGAAAUUCGCCGACGAGAAUUUCAUCAAGACGCACACCGGACCUGGUGUGCUUUCGAUGGCGAAUGCGGGUCCCGGUACGAACGGAUCUCAGUUUUUCAUAUGCACGACGAAGACGGAGUGGCUUGAUGGGAAGCACGUGGUUUUUGGUCAGGUGGUUGAGGGAAUGGAUGUUGUGAAGGAGAUCGAGAAAGUGGGGUCCAGUUCUGGUAAGACCUCAAAGCCGGUGGUCAUUGCUGACUGCGGCCAACUCUCUUAAACAACAUACCAUUGCAUAUGGAUUGUGCGACGUUGAGUCUUCUUCUUCUUCUAAAAACCUAUUUUCCUUUUCGGUUAUUUUAUGUUAUGUCACUUCCGUUGUUUUCUGCGUUUAAUUAAAUCAAUAAUGACGAUUGAAUAUCUCACUUCAUUUCCUUCACAUCUUUUAAUCUAUCUCUGUAUGUUGAUUAUUGUUAGUUUUAA